UCUGCCUCUAUUUUAUUGCUCUCUGUUUGUGAUGUUCAUGAGGGUUGAAGCUAAUUGUGAUUGUCAUAUCAAGUUCCUCAUGUAUGUUGUUCAUGCUGGUUGUGUCUGGUGGAUCUUGAUUGUAUUGGUUUUUGGAGAUUUUUGUGUUGUUUUGGAAGUUUAAUUUUUCUGUUUCUGUUGGGAUUUGUAGUUAUGUUGUUUCUGGAUGGUAAAGUUUGUUACUUUCAUUUUACCUGUUUCCAAAGUUUCAGUCUUUGUGAUUAGUUUUGAUGUGUUACCAACUCUCGCGAGUAAGCCCACAUGGAUUUCAAGUUUAUUGGGUGAAAAGUAUGAAUCUUUGUAUUCAUAGUUCAUAUCUAGAAUCCGAUUGCAGACAUGCAAGAUCGGAUUUAGAGUAGUUGGAUGAAAUCACAGAAGCACUUUUUUUUUCUUCCCUUUUUUCCUUCCAUAUUGGGGCUUUUGAGGUUUUUAACAUGUAGGUCCUUCUCACUCUCUUGAGAAAUAUGUUUCUUCAACCAACUGAGGCUAUUACCUUUGGGAGCUAUCAAGUUGAGAAUGCCAUCAUUUAAUAUUGCAUGAACUUUUCUUCUGUGGAGUUUUGAAAUAUGGGGAGAGGUAGAGGAAAGGGAAAGAGGUUAACUGUCACCAAUCAUGAUGAUCCUGGAAGCGGCGAGGAAGAGAAAAUACCCGCACAAAAGAGAAGGGGAAGACCACUAAAGCCUUUAAAGGAUGAGAUUGAUGAAGAAGAAGUAGAAAAAGUAGAAGCAGAUGAUAUUGAGAAUGCAAAGGCGGGUAUUUCAAGUAAGGAGAUAAAAAGCCCCUCUGCAGCAGAGAAUGGAAAGAAGAGGAAGCGGUAUUCACAGGCCAAGGAGAAGUCGGAUUCAGUGAAGGAGGAAAACGGUAAUGGAACACGAUCAAGUACAGAUGACUCAACUAAAUCUAAUGGAUUUCGGCAUAAUGGGAGCAGGCGGAAAAAUAAACCCCGUCGAGCUGCUGAGGCUGGGGUUGAAUGCAAGUGACAGUAUGGUUACGUAUUGCGCUGGUUUCUUGUGUUCCACAUUGCCAGAGCAAUCGCAGGACAGGAAGUGAGACCUAGUAAAUCUCUAGUUUUUCUUCUUUUUUCUGGUUAAUUGUUCUUUCUUUGGUAAUUUCGUUCCUGAUUCGUUUUUGAUUUAUUUGUGAAAUUCGGAAUGCAUUCUGAUGGAUGUAGUUUUCCCAAGUGCUCUGAUAUUUUAAAUUUUGACUAUUUGAUUUCAUUGUCUUGUCUUGUAUAAUUUUCAGAACAUAUUUAAGCAGUUUCUGUCUCUCA